AGGUCAGUAUUUUACGGGUGAUGGGGCGUACCGUACUGAAGACGGAUACUACCAGAUCACAGGACGAAUGGAUGACGUCAUCAAUAUUAGUGGGCAUCGUCUGGGCACCGCUGAGAUUGAGGAUGCACUGGAUGAACACCCAGAUGUUCCUGAGACCGCCGUGAUCGGGAUUCCCCAUGAGAUAAAGGGAGAAGUUCCAUUUGCGUUUGUAGUUUUAAAAGAAUCUGCUGCUGAGAACCAACAGGCUGUUGUGAAUGAGCUGCGACACCUAGUGGCCUCAAAAAUAGCUAAAUAUGCCGUUCCUGAUCAUUUCCUGGUUGUGAAGCGUCUUCCUAAAACACGCUCUGGAAAAAUCAUGAGGAGAAUCUUGCGAAAGGUUGCAGUGCAGGACACAAGCAACCUAGGGGACGUGUCCACGCUGGAUGACCCCUCCGUCGUUUCAGAGAUCAUCAAGGCCCAUAAACACUACAGAAGUCUUGCAGCUAAGCAGUAGAAAGACUCUUGGGAAACUGCCACAUUAGAAAUGAGGAGCUAUGAAUAUCAUGCUGUGAUGACAAGGAAUCUGUUCAAGUAAUCCUCAUGUGAAUGAGAGAGCAGCGUAUGCUAGCAGCAACACAGAAUGCAAUUACAGGUUAAGUGCCUUCAAAUGUUGUGAAAUGUGCACAUGAAUCCCUCCUAAACUGGAUGUUAUCCCUUGUAAGAUGUCUUUUUAGCAUUAAUCGCGAAACGUUUUGCACAGCUUUUCUUCUUGUAAACAGAGACUCUGAGAGAUAUGCUACAGAACAUCAGUAUUUUUUAAUAGAUGAUUUUAUUUUAAGGUGCUCAGUCAGUUUGUGUCCAUGCAAAUCUCAACCUUUUCAUAUUCUCCUGUUUUCUCUCAAGACUUGUAUGCCUUUACUUCCUAAUGCUCAACACGAGAUCAAUAUGAUAGUAUUCAUUUUCAACAAUAUCACAAGUUCACAGUAUUCUCAUUUUCCUAGAAGAAAACAGAUCUAUUUUAAAUGUUUUGAAAUAAUAUUUUGUCUGGCUGUUAUUUUUCCUUCAUAUUAAAUGUAACUUUGCCAUCAUAGCUCAUCUACACACUUUUCUAAUACAGCUUUACUCGAAACAAAACUGUCGAUGUAUUUAUGCUUUUACUGAUUACAUCAAAUAUUAUAAACCCUCUUCUAAGUGUCUAAUUUCAAACUGUUUUUCACAAAUUUGAUUCUAAAAAACUUUUUAGAGGGUAUCCUGUGUAAUUCAAAUAUACAUUAACAGUAAGCUAUUUGAAUGUUGGUGGGAUUUAGGUAACUGUUGCCUCUAUAGGACUUAAUAAAGACAGAUAACAUAAAAUUUUCACAGUUUUCAAACAAGCAUACAGUAGCUGAUCAGUAAACAUCAUACACAUACUGGUUUUUUUUUUGUGAAUUGUUGGGACCUUCUAAAAUUUUUUUGUAUACAGUACAAACUGUAUUUUCUGUUAUACUACACUAACCUUAUCCCUUCAGGCCUGUAGCCAGGGGGGUUGGGUGGUUUGAAAGAUGAAAGGUCCAGAAAUUGCUCCAAACAUGAGUUCUUUGUCCUAUUUUGACUGCUAUUUCAUAAUACAUUUUGAAAAUAACCCUU